AGUGACAACCGUCCCAAACACAGCAACAACUCAGCGACAGACAAAAAGCUAAAAUGGCGGCGGAAAACAGCACCGAAUUUCAGGAUGAUAAAGAAAUCCUCAUCAACAAGGGUGAUGUUCAAAAGGUACAACAAAAGAGCGGAGCUGUCACAGAAAGUACGACUGCCAAACCAUCCAAAAUGACACUGUAUCAUUGGACGCAGUCCUUCAGUUCGCAGAAGGUGCGUCUGGCCAUAGCAGAGAAGGGACUGAUCUGUGAGGAGUAUGAUGUCAGUCUGCCUCUUAGUGAACACAACGAGCCCUGGUUCAUGAGACUGAACCCGGCAGGAGAGGUACCAGUCCUCGUCCACAAUGACAACGUCAUCACAGACCCUGUUCAGAUCAUGGACUAUCUAGACCAGAACUUCAGAGAUGAGGGAACUGCUAAGCUGAUCCCCGAGGAAGGCAGUAUGUACUACCACAGAGUCCAGCACUACAGAGAACUACUGGACUCUCUACAGAUGGACGCCUAUACACACGGCUCUAUACUCCACCCAGAGAUCACCGUGGACUCACACAUCCCAGCCUACGCCACCACACGUAUACGAGCACAGAUUGGGAACACAGAGUCGGAGCUGAAGAAGCUAGCGGAGGAAAACCCAGAGCUAAAAGAUGCCUAUAUGGCUAAAACGAGGCGUUUAAAGCACAAGCUGUUUGACCAUGACAACAUGAAGUAUCUUAAGAAGAUUCUGGAUGAGUUGGAGAAAGUUCUGGACCAGGUUGAGACAGAGCUACAGAGGAGAGCAGAGGAGACACCAGAGGAGGGCAGUAGUCAGUCGUGGCUGUGUGGAGAGUUCUUCAGCAUGGCCGACGUCUCCCUGGCUGUCACCCUGCACCGCCUCAAGUUCCUGGGGCUUUCCCGCCGUUACUGGGGCAACGGGAACCGCGGUAACCUGGAGGCCUACUACGAGCGUGUCCUGGAGCGCCCAUCCUUCCGGAGGGUUCUGGGUCACGUAAACAACAUCCUGAUCUCGGCCGUGCUACCCGCCGCGUUCCGGGUGGCGAAGCAACACGCGCCGGCGUUUGUUGGCACCACGCUGCUCAUAGGCAUCCUGGGAGGAGCCACGUACCUGGCCUUCCUUUACCUGAAGACCAGGAUGUUAAUUACCAGGUGGUAGAGGUGAAAGAGAGUGAGAGAGAGAGAGAUGCGAAGAGAGUGGCAGGGAGGGAGAGAGAGAGAUGGGAAGAGAGUGGCAGAGAGAGGCAGAGAAAGGCAGAGAGUGGCAGAGAGAGAGAGAGAGAGAGAGAGAGAGAGAGAGAGAGAGAGAGAGAGAGAGAGAGAGAUGCUUAAACCCAGAAUGGGUUGCUUUACUCUGUAACACACAGCUACCAUUGCCCAUUGCUGUACAGUACAUUGUGGUGCAGUGGAUUGUCCAUAAACCAUAGACACAAUAGAAUAUAACUUUAUUGAAUAUAACUUUAUUGUUCACAUAAUGUGGACAUUUCUCUUUGCCGUGUUGCUCAUUGCAUUAUUUAAUAGGCCAAAUAUGCUUUUUCAGCCAUCUUUAGUUUGUGGUUCCUCCUACCUUCUGACAGCUUGGCUUUGUCAGUUGAGUCUGUGGUUCCUCCUACCUUCUGACAGCUUGGCUUUGUCAGAUGAGUCUGUGGUUCCUCCUACCUUCUGACAGCUUGUCAAUUAUUUGCUUGGUUAUACAGUGUAUUAACAGUUUAUUUACAAAAGGCUUUAUCCAUACAUACAUUUUUCACAUUUGUGUUUUUUCAUCAGAAGUGAUUGCUUAUGGGUACCUUGAUGUGUGUGUAAAAUAUGACUGUUCUGAGAUGUUUCAUGCAUAGGUUUUAGAUGUGUAUAAAAAUGUGUGUGUGUGUUUUUGCAAAAUGCUAUAUAUCCACAAUUUGCUGCCGUGUCCUGUCUUGUCCUGAUGAAAUUAAACAGCUUUUUUCACUUGA